AUGACAGUGGUGCUCGGCGAACUGUUCGCUAAGUUUACGUUCGGUGUCUAUGAUGUAGAGAAGACCACAUCGGGAGCACUGUUUGUAGCAAACAAGGUUGGAAGAGAGGCAGGUCAGGAAGAAUACUCGGAGGUGAGCGUGAAAGAUAUUGCAAACUUGACAAAAGUUGUUGAAAACCAUGAAGGUUCCAGGUAUUUAAAGAGCGAACAGACUGAAGCUGCAAACCAUACAGGUGGGGUAAAUUUGAAAUCAGCUGCAGCUGACAAGACAGGAAAAGUACAAAUAAAGCUGAAAAGAAACAAAUUUGAAACUAAGGUGAUAGAACAGCCAACUUCUAAGGAACAACAUGAGAUUGUGGAUAGGCCUACUCAUUUCGAAUGUAAUCGUUGUUGUUACCGAGCAGAGCCUGGUCCCCGUGGAUGGCCUGGUCCUCCUGGCCCAGCUGGUAUUCCGGGAAACCAUGGAAAUAAUGGAAAUAAUGGGCUACCAGGACAUGAAGGCGAUAAAGGUGAGCAAGGCCGUAAAGGCGACAUGGGACCCCGAGGAGAACGUGGAAUUCAAGGCAUUAAAGGAGAAAAGGGACAAGCAGGCAUCCCAUCAGAACUCAAAGUUGCUUUCAUGGCUUCUAUGGCAACUCAUUUCACAAACCAGAACAGUGGCAUUAUCUUCAGCAGUGUGGAGACCAAUGUUGGAAGUUAUUUUGAUGUUAUGACUGGAAGAUUCACUGCACCUAUAAAAGGUGUUUAUUUCUUUAUUUUUAACAUGAUGAAACAUGAAGAUGUGGAAGAAACAUCUGUCUACCUAAUGCACAAUGGAAAUGCUAUCAUAAGCAUGUACAGUUCUGAAUCCAAGGGAAAACAUGAUACUUCAGGAAACAGUGGAGUGCUUAAGCUUGAAACAGGAGAUGAAGUUUGGCUGCGGAUGGGAAAUGGAGCAUUGCAUGGUGACCAUCAAAGAUAUUGUACAUUUUCUGGCUUCCUCCUUUUUGAGGGUAGCUAAAAGCCUCCAUUAUUAAUGUAGCUCAGCAAUAAUAUUCAAUGUAGAAUUGUGAAAAUGUAAUUAAACAAUCUGAUCUAAA